GUUAUUUUGUCUUCUCUUCCUUCUCCAAUCUUUCUCACCAUCACCCCUCUUAGCUACGUCUUAAUUCGAAAGACUCUCACGCUACAUCGCCACAGACACCAUUGACCAACGUCUGAGUUGCAAUUCCUCCGUGCUCGCCCUUAACCACCUGACCACACACUUAAUACAAACUUUCUAAUAUGGAGCAAGACAGAAAGCACAUGGAAAUGGAUGACGAGCAAAAGCUGGAGGAUUUGCGGAAGCGUCUCCAAAAAGAGAAAGAGAUCAAGGCAGCCACUAUGAAAUUGCGCGACUUUCAGCAAUCUGAAGUUGCUAAAGCAGCAUGCGAUGCCACAUUGGCAGAGUCACAGCAGCGCAUCAACUAUUUUCAAAAUGAGUUUGAUAAACUCCAACUCAAGAAGCAGGAGAAUUCACCAAGAGUGCCUCGGACACAGAUCCCAAUUACCCUUCCUAGUCUUGAAAACGCCCCACCCAUGAUGAAGGCUGGGCUCGAGCACCAAGCGCGAUCAUAUGCUGAUAACCGUGCAAUGCAUUACAGAAAGCCAUCAACUUCAAUCUCACAGUAUCCUGAUGACUUCAUCUCUCAUAAACCACUUUCGACAGUUGAUCUGUUGAAGGCACCGACCCCCAUCACUACAAAAAAAGUUACUUAUAAAUUACGCGAGUUGGCCUACAAGCUGGACAUUGAGAAGAAGGUCAAGAUUGCUUCUGAGAGGUUAGAGCAAUUGGGGAUGUCUGCAAAGGACGGUAAUGCUGAGAGCAGUGAGAGGGUUGUUUUGCUAAAGCGUGCACUUCAAAAGUACCAAGGACUUUACAUCCCUGGCCAAGAGGACGAUAUCACAAAUACCCCUGGUACAGCCCUGAGGCGACCGAUGACUGGAACACUUUAUGUUCGUAUCAGUGGGCUCAAACAUCAAAACAACGCACCCACACGCAACUCAAAAACGGCAGAAUCUAUGGCUUGUAUCAAAAUCGAUGGAGCUCCUCGUGCAAAAACAAGGAUGGCUCGUAAUACCCCGCACGGCAUUCGGUGGAACGAGGAUUUUGAGGUACCUGUUACAAAAGCAAGCGAGAUUGAAAUCACCGUUUUUGAUAAACCAGACCAAACACCUGUACCUAUCGGGAUGUUCUGGCUAAAGAUAUCUGAUCUCAUAGAAGAACUCCGUCGAAAAAAAGUGGAAGCUGAUAAUGAUGCUGCAUGGGUGGCAGCUAAUGCUCAGGAAUUGGGGAGCAGGCCACCGACUAUUCGACCAGGAACUGGACCUCUAGGAGACAACCCUAUCAAUGGCGUUGAAGGUGUUGAGGCGUGGUGGGAUCUUGAGCCCAUUGGGCAGAUCAGCUUGAAAUUCAACUUUGUGAAGGAUGUUGCUAUCAGGAAGCGUCCAUCCAAACUGGGACGCCAAGGCGCAGUUCGAAAACGUAAAGGAGAGAUCACAGAAGUUCAAGGACACAAGUUUGUAUCCCAAAAGUUUUUCCAAAUUAUGUGUUGUGCUCUCUGUGCAGAACUGUUUACUGGCAAGGGUGCACAGUGCGAAGACUGCAAGUUUACUUGCCAUCAAAAAUGUGCUGAGAAAGUUUUUAUUAAAUGCAUUUCCUCCAAGAGUACUGAAGAUCCUGAUGAAGCCAAGCUCAAUCACCGUAUUCCUCACCGUUUCGAAACCUUCACCAAUCUUUCGCCAACUUGGUGCUCUCAUUGUGGGCAUAUGCUUACGUUCGGUCGCCGGCACAAGAAAUGCUCUGAAUGUCCUGUCGUAGCUCAUGAGGGCUGCAGCGACCUUGUCCCUAACCAUUGCGGAAUGCCAGCCGAAACAGCAAACAAAUUGAUGGAGGAAAUCAGGCGACGCACCCAAAAUGCACGUGUUGCCCCAGCUUCUACCAAGGCAUCCAAACCACCUUCAUAUGACUCUGUUUUCCUUGAUAACAACGUAUCAUCCCUUAGGCCUGCACCCCCAAUCCCGCAGGGGGGGCGUCCUCCGCUUCCGACAAGACCGGACAGUCGUCCAGACUAUAGCUCUUCCGACACGGAUGUUAAUCAGCAGAGACUUCAACAUCAGAUGCAACAACUCCAGUUACAGCAUCACCAGCACUACCAACACUAUCAACAACAACAGCUGCAGUUGCAGCAACAGCAACAAUUACAGAAGCAUCAACAACAGCAGCAGCAGCAGCAGAAGCAACAGCAGCACGAUUAUGAACAGCAGAUGCGGAAGUUGGAACAACAACGUUAUUAUGAACAGCAUCAAAUACAGCAACAGAAAAAUGCUCUUUUACAACAGCAACUUCAAUUGCAAGGACAACAAUUUAAGCAGAAGCAACAGCUUGAAAAAGAGAGACCUCAGCCCCCUACUCAGGAGAAAUACACUCACCCAGAAGACAAGUUCCGCAAUGAGCAAGCGCGUUUGGAGCAAUAUCGUCUUGAACAAGAAAAGAAACAACAGAAGACACCGCCUGUCGCAUCUCAUCAUCAGGAGCAGAGGCCGUUAGUCAUGCCUACGGCCCACAUGCCCACACUGAAGAUCGUGAACAAGCAGCCUCCGAAACCCACACGCAAGUAUGGACUGGAUGACUUCCAUUUUUUGGCUGUACUUGGCAAAGGGAACUUUGGAAAGGUGAUGUUAGCGGAAGACAAGAAGGGGGCAGAGCUCUAUGCCAUCAAGGUCCUAAAGAAGGAGUCAAUCGUUAAACAAGAUGAAGUUGAAAGCGCUCGAUCAGAAAAGAGAAUAUAUCAGGUUGCAAACAAGGAGCGUCACCCUUUCUUGACAACACUGCAUUCUUGCUUCCAAACUGAGACUCGACUCUAUUUUGUGAUGGAAUAUGUCCGCGGAGGGGAUCUUAUGAUGCACAUCCAGAAGGAUAAGCGGUUUGGUGAACAGCGGGCUAAAUUUUAUGGAUGCGAGGUUUUAUUGGCUUUGCAAUAUUUCCACCAAAAUGAUAUUAUAUACCGUGACCUUAAACUAGACAACAUUUUGUUGACUGUAGAUGGACAUAUCAAGAUUGCAGAUUAUGGGUUAUGCAAAGAAAACAUGCCUUAUGGUGCAACGACAAGGACUAUUUGCGGUACGCCAGAAUUCAUGGCACCCGAAAUCUUGGAAGAACAACCGUAUGACCGCGCUGUGGAUUGGUGGGCCUUUGGAGUGCUGAUGUAUGAGAUGAUGCUGAGAAGGGCACCGUUCUCAGGCGAGGAAGAAGAUGACAUCUAUGACUCGAUCCUGGAGGAUGAACCAACUUAUCCCCCAGGGUUUGGACGUCAUGAACAAGCGUUGUUACAAUCGUUACUUGUCAAGGUCCCAAGUCUCCGCUUGGGAUCAGGGCUAACAGAUGCAGAAGAGAUCAAGGCGCAUGCGUACUUUCGCAAUGUAAACUUUGAUGAUGUUUAUCACAAGCGUAUCCGACCUCCGUUUAUACCAAAAAUUUCAUCAGCGACAGAUGUGUCCAACUUUGACUCUGAGUUUACAAGUGAGGCACCUGGUGAGACACCAACGGAUUAUCGCCUCAAUAAUGUUGAGCAGGAUUUUUUCAAAGGCUUUUCCUACGUUUCUCCUUGGGCCACGCGUUAAACAAGCUCUAUUUAAAGUAGCAAUUAAAAAGAAUCAAGCAGAAAAUAUUAU